UUCUUUCAGUUUGUGAGUGGCUUUUGUGGAUAUCGGUUCGUGGUCUUUAAAAUCGUCUCGUGGUGUUUGCAAAAAGAAACAAAAUUCAUUUAAAAAAAUUAAGAAAUACCUUCCGCAAAUUACAUAAACAAAAAUAAAUUAAUCAAAAUGGUUGACAAAAUUGAAAUGAGCUUAGAUGAUAUUAUUAAAUCAACAAAAAGUUUAAAAGUACGACGAGGCGCUGGCGGUGGUGGUGGCUCACAAGUACGUCGUGGCGGUGCUGCAACCGGAGGCGGCAGACCAAUCCGCCGAGGAGGUCGUUCUAAUCAAACUGGAGGCUCACAACGUUCACCUGGUGGAGGAGGUGGCUCUGUUCUAAAGGGUCGCAAUCGUGGUGCCAUACAAAAAUCUAAUUUUCCUAGGGGUGAUGUAAACAGCGCUUGGAAACACGAUAUGUACGAUGGACCUAAACGUGGCCUCAGUGGAGGUUUGAAAACUGCCAAUGGCGGAGGCGGUGGCACAGGCCCAUCCAAAUUGCUUGUCUCGAAUUUGGAUUAUGGAGUUUCGGAAUCGGAUAUUCACGAGUUGUUUGCUGAUUUUGGACCAUUGAAAAGUGCAUCAAUGCAUUAUGAUAGAUCUGGACGUUCAUUGGGAACUGCUGAUGUUGUUUUUGAACGUAGAGCUGAUGCAGUUAAAGCAAUGAAACAAUAUAAUGGUGUUCCUUUAGAUGGACGUCCAAUGAAUAUACAACUUGCCACAUCUGAAUUGCCAUCGCCAGUUAGUAGAGCUCGAUUGGCAAGUAGCCCUAGCGCGAGACCACGAACACAAACUGGAGGUGGCGGUGGAGGAAAUGCUCGCAGAGGUGGAGCUGGAGGACCUAGACGUGGUGGUGGUGGUGCUCAACGUACCGGUGGCGGUCCAGGCGGACGACGCAAUAACGGAGCCCCAAAAACACCAGCGCCGACAGCAGAAGAACUCGACGCAGAGCUGGACGCUUACGUUAAUGACAUGAAAUAAAUCUAAUUUUAGGAAGUACAAAGACCUCAAUCAUCAUUUAAAAAAAAAAAAAACAAAAAAUCAACUUUAGACUUAAACUGAAAUUUUCUUUUUUAGUUAUAUUUUUUUUUUCUCCUUUUUUCUUAAAACAAAACAAAACAUUUGUAUUUUGCUUUACAAAGUCAAAUGAGAUUUGUUUGCUUUUAUUUCAAAUAAUAAUAAUAAUUAUGACUAUAAGUAUGCAAGUUAAUUUAAAUGGAAUUAAUAAAUAAAUAAAAAAAAAGAUUAAAAUAAAUAUCAAGUUGCUAACUAAAAUAAAAAAAAUGAAAUAUUAUAAUAACGUGAUAAUAAUAAGAGUAAAUAAGAAGUAUUUAUAAGAUCUUA